AUGUGUAAUAGUGCUCCCGAGUGUAUAACAGUGAAAACACGAAAAGCCAUAAAAACUAGUCUUUGGCGGGGAAGCGGUGUCUUAUGAAAAAAAAGAGACAACUCGUCAAUGGCGGAAAAAGAGUUAACUAAUGUGAACUAAUGAACCUUAUUGUAAAGUGUCACCAAUGUUCUUUUUUUAAAUACACAUUUAUGUAAAAUUAUUUCUACAUUCAGUCCCCCCCAACUCAGUAUAAAUUUUAAAAUCAUUUGAAAUUGGAAUCUGAUUUAAGCAUGGGGUUGGAGUCAAUUUGUACUUGAAAUUCUCAUAAAUUAAAUGAAGUAAGCACAUGCAAAAUAUUUACAUGCCGUUUGGAUUCCAUCAUUUGGCAAAUGGGUGGUUCUUACAUCCCCAUCAGCUGAGACACAGUUAUACAGUGAUUUAUUCAGGUGAUGUGCCACUGUUUACCUGGAAUAAGUUCUAGUGGCCCUCUCUGGUCAAUACUGUUGUGUUCUUUGUGAAAGUGGUGAAGUUUGCAGCCUGACCAGUUCCCUCUUCCUCAUGUUUUGCUACUUGUUCCUCAUUUCCAGUGCCGUGUGAUCUGUCUCUGAAAAAGGAAUAGGAAUUCAUAGAGCCACAGUAUUCUUGUGGCAGUCAGUCCUCUAACAGAUCACACAGCUCUGGUGAUCAUAAUGCAGGAAGUUGUAUGGAAUGUAUGUCACAUCAAGUCCAACCAGUUUCUGAGUUUUUACUGUAUAAUGAGGUCACGCCUUUUCAUUUAGCUCACAACACAGUUUCUUACUACCUGAAGUAGUUUACUGAGGGUGAAGAUGGAUGACUUGAGCCGAUCAGCCGGACAACCUGAUGAUGAUCGGGAGUCUUCAGCAGGACUCCACAAAAGAGGAAGCAAACGUCAGCCUCUGAACAACUCAAUGGAACAUCCACUGCAGACCAGCAGAAGACCACAGCAUCAUCUACAGAGGAAAGAAGAUCAGCCACUGCUGGAAUGCAAUGAGAGGAAAGAGGAAGACAGAAACUCUAACCUGGAGACACCUGAAGAAUUAAGGCCUGUUUGCCAAACAACAAACAAUCCACCUCUGGAAGGUCUACGUUCCAGUUUUCGUAGAUGGACUCGUAGGAUAAAACCAACACAAAUGUCACUGAAUUUCUUUGGAAAACAGAAGCUGAAUCUCGUGCUGUGUGGAUAUGAUGGCACACUCAAGGUCUCUGUGUCCAAACUUUUACGUGGGAAAAAGGUAAAACCUUCACACCAAAGAGCGAUCAGUGAAGAGUGUGUGAAGAGAGAGGAGAGGAUACAUGGACGUCUGAUCAGUUUGCUGGAGCUUCCAGCUCUUACUCGGCUCUCAGAGGAGGAAGUGAUGCGUCAGACUCUCAACUGUGUAUCUCUCUGUGAUCCUGGAGUUCAUGUUUUCCUCCUCAUUGUUCCUGCUGGUACACUUAAUAAUGAUGAGAGAGCAGAAAUAGAGAAGAUCCGGAAGAUAUUUGACUCCAGAGACAAUUUCAUGGUGCUUUUCACAACAGAGCUCAUUAUUAUUAAAAAAGUGACUAAUUUUGUUGAAUCCAGCCCAGAAUUUCAGAGGUUAAUCAGUCGUUGUGGAGGUCAGUACAAAGUGAUGGGGUUAAAUGAACCUGAAAACUCGAGACAGAUCCCAGAACUACUGGAUUAUAUAGAGAACAUGAAGACUGAACCCUUUUCACAUCAAAUGUAUGUGAAAGCACAAGAGAACAGAGUCAGACAUGAACUGGAGGAACAACAUAAGAAAGAAAUGGAAAAUAAACUCAAAGAGCUACAAGGCAAGGUUCAGUCAGAAAGUGCUAAAGUUGAAAAAGAGAGACAGAAACAUGAGAAGGAAAUAAAAGACAUGAUGAAGAAGCAUCAAGAUGAAGCCAGAAAACAAGCAGAGGAAUUUCACAAGUCGACAGAAAGAAAACUGCAGCAUGUUCUGGAGCUCACAGAGAUGAUUAAAGAGCAUCAAAAAUAGACAAAAGAAGAGAGAGGAAAUAAAAUAUAUUGGAUAUAUUGUCUAGUGUUAAAAUACAUUUCGCACAUCAGUAUUUUUGUAUAUUAAUUAACCCAUAACUGCAUUUAAACACUUUAUAAAACAGAUUUUUGGAUUCUGUGGCACCUUUAAAUAAUUAUUAUGUGUAGGCUACACCCGUGAUUGUUUAGAGGUGUGUUAGUUAACUGAAAACAAAUAAAUAAAAAUAAAUAGA